AUGAACGACAUGGUCUCGGGAUUGGACGACACUUAUCUUCGUGCCUUGGCUACCCAGCCUAUGGGUAACCCAGUCCUGCAGGUUAUGAUGUUCCUCGAACUCUCCCACUUUGGCAAAUCCAGCGCUAAGGACCCGAAAUCGACCUUGCGGAGACUUGUCCCAGACGAGACUUUCGAAGAAGGAACGGAAAGUGCGACUUUCAUCCGCGGCUUGCUCUACGAUGCCGUUGGUUCCCGCUUAGUGGAGACAAUGGUGCGUUAUAUGCCCGGUAAGGUGUUCAAGAAUCUCUACAAGAACAAUUUGCGCGAUCGCAUGGGUUCCCUUGCCCGCUCUUAG